AAAGUAUUCCUGAAGAAGAAGAAGCUUAUAGAGAGACAAAAAUGGCGGAGGGAGGAAUAACAUUAGAGUACACACCGACAUGGGUGGUUGCAGUUGUUUGCAGUGUUAUUGUCAUUAUUUCUCUUGCUGUUGAAAGGUUUCUUCAUUAUCUUGGCAAGUUGUUGAAGAGGAAGAACCAGAAGCCUCUCUUUGAAGCCUUACUCAAAAUCAAAGAAGAGUUGAUGAUUUUGGGGUUUAUAUCACUGUUACUGACAGUAUUUCAAGGUAGAAUUAAUACAAUCUGUAUACCAGAAGAGCUUUCCAAGAAAUGGCUGCCGUGCAAGGAGGAAAAGGACGACAAAGAAGAUUCUGCCGCCGCUACUGCCCAUUUUCAGACCUUCUUUUCUUUCAUCUCCGGCCACCGCCGGCACCUUCUAGCUGAGGCCUCUGACUCCUCCUCCAGCUGUCCUAAGGGAAAGGUUCCAAUACUAUCAACAACAGCAUUGCAUCAUCUUCAUAUAUUCAUCUUCGUGCUCGCUUGCGUCCACGUGGCUUUCUGCGCGCUAACCAUUCUUUUCGGAAGUGCGAAGAUAAGACAAUGGAAGCAUUGGGAGGAUUCUGUCACAAAAGGAUUACAAUAUGAUCAGGAGCAAGCAACGCUUACUCAUGUUCAAGAUCAUGAUUUCAUCAAGAAACGCUUUAAGGGUAUCGGCAAGAACUUUUACUUGCUCGGUUGGGUGCAUUCAUUUUUCAAGCAGUUUUAUGGGUCAGUAACCAAAUCGGAUUAUAUCACAUUACGACUGGGAUUCAUUAUGACUCAUUGUAGAGGAAACCCAAAAUUCAACUUUCACAAGUACAUGAUGCGUGCUCUUGAAGCUGAUUUUAAAAAAGUUGUAGGAAUAAGUUGGUAUCUUUGGUUAUUUGUGGUUCUUUUCUUGCUGCUCAAUGUUGCUGAUUGGCAUGCAUAUUUCUGGAUCGCAUUCAUUCCCUUCAUUCUUCUAAUGGCUGUUGGUGCUAAGCUGGAGCACAUAAUUAACCAGUUAGCGCACGAGGUCGCGGAGAAGCACGUAGCAGUUCAAGGAGACUUGGUUGUUAAACCUUCAGAUGAUCACUUCUGGUUCAGCCGUCCUCGAAUUGUUCUGUUUCUGAUUCACAUCAUCCUGUUUCAGAAUUCUUUUGAACUUGCAUUUUUCUUCUGGAUAUGGGUACAAUACGGCUUCGACUCCUGCAUAAUGGGAUCAGUUGGUUACCUUAUUCCACGACUCGUUAUUGGGGUGUUUAUUCAGUUUGUUUGCAGCUAUAGUACCUUGCCACUGUAUGCAAUUGUCACACAGAUGGGAAGCUCGUUUAAGAAAUCGAUAUUUGAGGAACAUAUUCAAACUGGUCUUGUUGGUUGGGCUAAGCAAGCUAAGAAGAAGACAGUUCUCAGAAAAGCUGCAAAUGGCUCGGCACAAGUCGGUCAUAGGGAAUCUUCUCAUGGGUCAGUCGAGUUGUCCAUUGCUGGAUCAAAGGAUCUUGUAAUGGAUGAACAAAAUGCAGCAGACAGUAUGCAUACAAAUGCAUUUCAAAUGCCUAAGUAAAAACACUACUUGAUUUGGGUAUUAACACUGCAGUUUUACUGUGAUUUUUGUACCAAUGUGCUUUUACAAUUGUAUUAUAUCAUUUGUUAUAUGUCAGUUUUCAACUUGUAACGGAGCAGACUCUAUAUAAAUAAAGAGCCGACAUUUGUAGUUA